AUGCCUGUCGAAACAGGAUACUACGACGCCCUGGGCGUGACGCCUACAGCGACCGAGUUGGAAAUCAAGAAGGCUUACCGCAAGCUCGCGAUUAAACUGCACCCAGACAAGAACCCUGGAGAUGAGACGGCGCACGCGAAAUUUCAAGAAAUUGGCGAGGCAUACCAGGUGCUCAGCGACGACCAACUGCGGGCAAACUACGACAAGUAUGGCAAAGAGGGCGCGAUGCCGAGUAGUGGCUUCGAGGACCCGUCUGAGUUCUUCACCAUGAUCUUUGGCGGGGAGGCUUUCAUGGACUGGAUCGGCGAGAUCUCGUUGAUGAAGGACCUUACCAAGACCAUGGAGAUCUCUAUGCGCGAGAUGGAGGAGGAACAGGCUGCCGAGGCCGCUCAGGCUAAAGUCCAGGCCGAAUCUUCAGCUUCUGGUGCUGCAGGCCAAACGACUGGCACGACUGGCACGACUGCUACAGACAUCCCGACCGAUGCCCAAUCACCGAGUGCUGCCGCCAAAGCCAAGGAGGCUGAAGCUGAAGCAGAGCGUGCAAAUGCUCAUACGGCAGAUGCCCCGCCAGUCUAUGGUGCACCACCACCUGUGUAUGCGGAGACCGCUGCAGAGCCACCCUCCGUACCAGGGACCGCUUCGCCCGCGGGCCCAAGGACGCCGAAAACCCGUGGCCCCGUACCAAUUCGAGCUGCUAUCAUGGACAAGUCGGAGGAAGACGCACGCAUGGAGGCAGCAGGCAUGACCGACGCAGAGAAAGAGCUGCGUGAGAAGCAGAAGAAGAAGGCUGGCUUGACCAAAGAGCAGCGGGAAGAGCUGGCAGCGUACGAACUGGAGCGUAAGAAGAUCCGGGACGAGCGCGUUACCAGCCUCUCCAAGAAACUCAUCGAGCGCAUUUCCCUCUGGACAGAAACCGACAAAGCCGCCGACGUCACAAAAGCUUUCAAGGACAAGAUCCAACUCGAGAUUGAGAACCUUAAGAUGGAAUCUUUCGGAAUCGAGAUUCUUCAUGCUAUUGGAACGACAUACCUUAUGAAGGCUUCCUCGUUUCUCAAGUCCCAGAAGUUCCUCGGCAUCUCGGGAUUCUUCUCGCGCAUCAAGGAUAAGGGAACACUGGUCAAGGAUACUUGGAGCACUAUGAGUGCCGCUAUCGACGCCCAGCUUACUAUGGAGGAAAUGGCCAAGCUGGAAGAAGCAGGCGGCGAGGGGUGGACAGACGAGAAGAAGGCCGAGUACGAGAAGAAAGUCACGGGCAAGAUCCUCGCUGCAGCAUGGCGGGGCAGCAAGUUCGAGGUCCAGAGCGUGUUGCGCGAUGUGUGCGACAUUGUACUCAACGAUAAGAAGGUUAAGCUAGACAAGCGGGUGGAGAGGGCGCAGGCUCUAGUCAUCAUCGGAGAGAUGUUCCAGAAGGCAGAGCGCGAUCCAGAAGAAGAAGGCGACUUCAUGGCCUUUGAACAACUCAUGGCCGAAGCCGCAGCCAAGAAGGAAACCAAGCACGAGAAGCACGAGAAGCACCAUCACGAGAAAAAGGAUAAGAAGAAGGAAAAGGAGAAGGCUUGAUUGAGAUCCUUUUUACAACUCUCUCAACUCUUUUUGCCGGCCUUUUUUCCUCUCGUAAAUCCGUUUAUUCGCUUCUUGCUUUUUCUUUAUCGUGAUAUCCAUAGAUUCUUUCCCUUGUUCUGAAGUUGGUUGGAUCGAGUCUGUUUCGGGGGCGAGGUGAGGUGGGUGAUUGAUGCCUUGUGGGCGGGCGGUUUGGUGGUGGUGGGGAUUGAAAGUCAGGAAGGAGGCAUAGUGUGUGCGUUUGGGUUUCAUUCUGCGUUUGAUUGCAUAGAUGGCGUGACGUGGAAGCGUGGUCGCAUUUUUGAAAUUCUACAUAUGAAACUGUGUAUUUGUGCCGUGUUCGGUGUUGUAACAGUCUAGGUUG